AUGGCAGACAUUUUUCCAGAAGAUGAACCACCUCCAAAAACUCUACAAACUGUUGAAGAAACAGACGUAGAAUCUGCAGCGAAAGAAGAACCGAAAGCAGAACCUGAAACAGCUGCAGAACCUUCACCAAAGAAAUCGGAAGAACGAAAAAAAUCCGCACUGCUAUCACUGUUAAAAUGGGCACCUUAUGCCGUAGUCGUUCUGUUGAUUGCUGCCGGAAUUCUGAUAAUUUUAUUGUAUACAAAUAUAUUGGGACAGAAGGAACAGAAGAAACUACCUGCCUAUAUUUGGCGACAUGGUGACCGAGCGCCAAACAAACUUUUUUCACAGAUUCCACUUCCAGAAAAUGCUUUUCCUAAAAAACUGGGAGAACUUACAGAGAUUGGUGAAGAGCAAGCACAAAAGUUAGGACGACAACUUCGGGAUUGUUAUUUUACGACAAGUAUUUCUGCAGACAAAGUAUUUAUUCGAAGUACAAAUAUUACCCGUACUAUUGCAACCGCAAAAAAUGUGAUUAAGGAGCUUCAGUUGGAUGUCGAAAUACAUCACGCCGUUGAGAUGAAAGAGGAUUAUGUAUGA